AUGAUCCCGCCGUGCGACCCAGUCAUUCUUGAGAACAACCCCCAAUUCAAACAUCUCUACGAACAAGUGACUACAAAGUUUCUCAACCCGGAUGGCUCGACGCGCGCCAAUGAUGCACAGCCGGCAAGAACGGCACUUUUGGAAGAAUUAAACGACUGUCGCAUCCGCGAUGCAAGGAAGAAGAUCACAAAGCAGACAUUGCGACGACUGGCAUUUGAUCCCGAUAGCGAGCUCCCGGACGAGUAUCGAGACCCCGCAGCGAUCGUAUACCUCUACCUCGAAUCCCGCCCCGAUGUGAUCAACCUUCCUGCCGACAACGACGAUCAGCCCGACACCGACACCGCCCUUCAUCUCCUCACUCCAGACAUCGACCUAUUCUACUCCAGCCUCCCAGACCUUGUGGAGCCUUUUUCCCGCAUAUUGCUGGCCGACCUUUGCGAUCUACGUGCAAUCACAGAGGCAGGAGCAGAUCCAGAUGAACCCGCCGCCGCCGCUUCACCCGCGGAAGGUCCUCGGACACGCGCCCGCACGCGCCAGACAACAACCGGCAGCAGAAGAACCGCAGCGCAGCAGAUCACACUCUCCUCGCGGCUGGACAAGCGCAUCCAGGCCCUGCGCCAUAGACAAUUGAGCGAAUUACCCGCAGCGCGAACCCGCAUGGCUGCGACCGCUGCCGAAGUUCUGGCGACGCGGACUGCGGUGUUAGAACGGACGGUGAUGCUUCUUGAACGGGCGAAGCAUGGGGCACUCGCUCGGGCCACGAAGGCCAAGGCAGAGCAUUUGGCCACGGUCGCGCAGGGGCUGGAAGGCAGGCUCAGUGUUAUGAAGCUAGAGGUUUCGGCCACGAUCCAUACUCCGGAGGUUGUUGCGGCGCUGGGUCGGUAUUGGGAUCAUCUUGAGGAUACGCGGGAGCGUCUGGAAGAGAGGCGUGCGGAGGUACUGGGGGAACUCAAAGCGUAUGGUCUUGUGGCAGAGGAUGAAUCCGGUAGAGGAGAGGGUGCGUCUGAAGAUUCAAUUCGCUCCGAGCCCGAAACCAUGGGAGAGGAAAUAACUUUGAUCUCCAAACUGAACAAAAUCAGCCCCCUCCCUCUUCCCCCAAGAGAAUAUACAUCAGUCAACCCAAUACCCGAUCCUCUCACAAAACUCCAUAUCAUAUCCAAAAUGGCCGACGACGCGAUCUCCAUCUACGACGAAAUCGAAAUCGAAGACAUGACCUUUGACCCCAACCUCCAGAUCUACCACUACCCGUGCCCGUGUGGCGACCGGUUCGAGAUCGCGAUCGACGACCUCCGCGACGGCGAGGAUAUCGCCGUCUGUCCUAGUUGCAGUCUGAUGAUCCGGGUGAUUUUUGACGAGGCUGAUCUCGUUAAGGAUGACGAUAAGAAUGGGUCCGCGGGCGCGGUUGCCGUUCAGGCUUGA